UGGAGUGUUAGCAGACGGUGUCGAUAAACGGGUAACGUAGAGUAGCUCAGGUGACCCUGAUAGAAACGCAUAAGUGAUGAAUUAUAUAUUAACAACGCAGAAACAGGAAGACCUGAGCAGGUAGAUAGUCGAAAUAAUGUUUUGUCAGUAAGGUCAACUACUUAUUUAGCAAGAAAGUUAACGUUACAUUGUCUAAAGCUUUAGUAUUUUGUACUCAUACUGGAAGAUCAGAUUAUUUGUAUUAUUUAUUAGGUAACAAUAUUAUUUAAAGCAACAGUUCGUCGUUCUUUGAGGGAGGAUAAGAUCUACUUAUCUCACCACAAGUGUUGCAAUCACCUGUAAGACCAGUGUGAGGUAGUACUGUCAUUUUCUGUCCACAAUCUUCAUCUCAAGACACCAUCCCAAAGUUGCUUCUGUUGCAGAACCUCUGUUGACGAGGUCACACUGCUUGCAUGUUGAUGUCUGGGUUUCAUCUCCUGGUUGUGUCUCUCAUAUUUGACAUAAGCUGCUGAUUUCUUAGGCUUGCCAUUUCCGAAGCGUUUACAACUGAGGACUCGAAUCCUUCAGGAUGAACCGUUACCUGCCAGUGGCACGGCAGCACUUUUUUAGUGCACUCGCAAGCACGAGCGUGGUGGUCAAGUCCAUAUGUGCCACAGUGAUCCUGAUGUACCUGCUCUCCUGGGCAGCUAACACCCCUUACCUGCUUGGCGUCACACCUGGCUUCCUUUUUCCACCAAACUUCUGGAUUUGGACGCUUCUGACCCAUGCAGUGGUGGAGCAACACAUUCUCGGCGUGGCGGUGAACAUUGCUACUGUGAUGGUUGCUGGACGGCUUUUGGAGCCAUUAUGGGGAGCGCUGGAGCUGCUGAUCUUCUUUGCUGUGGUAAACGUAGCAGCCGGUCUCCUAUCUGGACUCUCUUAUCUUCUCACCUACGCUGCCACCUUUGACCUGGACUACCUGUUUGCUGUGCGGGUGUAUGGUGCACCCACUUUUCUGGGGGGCAUUCUUGUAGCACUGAAGCAGACUGCGGGAGACACAACAGUGCUUCGAGUUCCUCAAGUACGUUUGAAAGCCGCCCCGGCGCUAGCUUUACUAGCAAUAGCCGUCCUGCGGCUAGCAGGACUGCUGGACACUUCAGCUCCACUAGCAGCAUGCGGGUACGGCGCUCUGUCCGGGUGGGUUUACCUGCGCUUCUACCAGAGGCACUCUAGGGGGCGUGGAGACAUGUCAGACCACUUUGCCUUCGCCUCCUUCUUCCCAGAGGCACUCCAGCCGGCUGUUGGCUUUGCAGCUGGGCUUGUGCACGCUGCCCUUGUGAAGAUAAAAGUUUGUCGUAAGAUGGUGAAGCGAUAUGAUGUUGGGGCUCCAUCCUCCAUCACCAUCAGCCUACCAGGCACAGACCCACAAGAUGCAGAAAGGCGGAGGCAACUUGCUUUGAAAGCUUUGAAUGAGCGUCUGAAGCGUGUGGAAGACCAGUCGGCUUGGCCCAGCAUGGAAGACGACGAGGAGGAUGAUGAAGAUGAGGAGGUGCGAACAGACACUCCUCUCCUUUCAAGCCGAGAGACUUUGCCACCAGCACCCAGCACCACACAAAAUCCUACGGGACAACAGGAGUCCAGCAUCAUAAGUUUUGAAGAUGCUCCGACCCAUUCCUAACACAAAAAGACACGCAUACAAUCCUUGUUUUUGUCCUGCAGAGUUCAGUUUAUCCUUACAAUCACAAACGCUACUGGAGACAUCUCGCACAAACACACACACAUUAUCUUGGUAAUGUUUUACAUACACAAACGAGGAGUUGCCACUAAAUGAACACAUUACCUAAACUAAAUGACAAAGACAUCCAUACUCAGUUUUUCAGCUG